CGUACCCAUUGUGAUUACAAGCGUAGUAAUGUGUAAACAUGUAGUGUACUGUUUGGAGUCAAGUUUGUCUCUCACCUUUGUUUCAGGGACGUAAGGAAAAGAUUUCACCAUGGAGGGAUCUUCUGGAAGUGAUGCUGCUGGUGAGCCAUCUGUUGCAGAACAGGUUCCAUUUCUUCACCUGUGUACCGUUCUAGAGAAGAUCCAGAAGUCUAAGCUGCGUCCGGAAAAAUCCAAGAUCCUCAGGGAUUUCAUUGAUUCGUGGAGGAAGUUUCAUUCUGCCCUCCACAAAGACAAGGCCAAAACAACGGACUCUUUCUACCCAGCUAUGCGUCUCAUAGUUCCUUCAUUUGAACGAGAGCGAAUGGCAUACGGCAUCAAAGAGAGUAUGUUAGCAAAACUCUACAUCGAUGUAUUAGGCCUACCAAAGAAUGGUCCAGAGGCCAAUAAACUGUCGAACUACAGAGCCCCAACUACAUCCCAAGGAGAAGCUGGAGACUUUGCUAGCAUGGCCUACUUUGUCCUCAAGAAACGGCUCACCAGCCAAGGAAACCUCAGCAUCAAAGAAGUCAAUGACUUCCUAGAUUCAGUGGCUGCCAACAAUGCUGGUAAGCAGAAGGAUCUUGUUAAAAAAAGUCUUCUUCACCUCAUCACCCGGAGCUCACCUCUUGAGCAAAAGUGGCUCAUCAGAAUGAUUCUGAAGGACAUGAAGCUUGGCGUCAGCAAAGAAACUGUUCUCCAGGUCUUCCACCCGGACGCUGCCGAGCUCUACAACGUCAACACAGACUUGAACAAAGUGUGCCAGCAGCUCCAUGACCCUUCUGUGUCAUUGAGCGAAGUCUCCAUUGGACUUUUCUCUGCCUUUAAGCCCAUGUUGGCAGCUGUGGCUAACAUUCGCAAUGUGGAGAAACAGAUGGGCAACAGCCCUUUUUACAUCCAGACCAAGCUUGAUGGGGAGCGCAUUCAGCUUCACAAAGAUGGGGAUGUGUACAAAUACUUUAGCCGAAAUGCUUUUGAAUACACACAGCAGUUUGGAGGAUCCCCUCUAGAAGGCUCACUCACGCCUUAUAUCCAUAAUGUUUUUAAAAGCCAUGUGGUGAACUGCAUCCUUGACGGUGAGAUGAUGGCGUACAACCCAACCACAGAUAACUUCAUGCAGAAAGGGAGCAAGUUCGAUAUUAAGAGGCUGAUGGAAGACUCUGAGCUACAGACGUGCUUCUGUGUGUUUGAUGUCUUGUUAGUCAACAACCAGAAGCUUGGGAAGGAAACACUGAAAAAGCGCAACGAGACCCUUCAGACGAUUUUCAACCCAGUUAAGGGAAGGUUACACCUGGUGCCAAAGACAGACGCAAGGACCAUGCAGGAGGUGGUGAACGCUCUCAAUGAUGCUAUUGAUGACAGAGAAGAGGGCAUCAUGGUGAAGGAUCCUUUGUCUAUCUACAAACCUGAUAAGCGCGGGGAAGGAUGGCUGAAAAUAAAGCCAGAAUAUGUUGAUGGCUUGAUGGAUGAGCUUGACCUGCUGAUUGUUGGUGGUUAUUGGGGCAAAGGGAGACGAGGUGGUAUGAUGUCCCAUUUCUUAGGUGCCGUUGCUGAAGCUCCGAAGCCUGGAGAGAAACCUUCGGUCUUCCACUCGUUCUGCCGCAUUGGCUCCGGCUACACCAUGAAGGAGUUGUAUGACCUUGGUUUAAAGUUAGCCAAGCAUUGGAAAGUGUAUAGAAAAAACGACCCACCAACAUCCAUCCUGUGUGGAACAGAGAAACCCGAAGUCUACAUCGAGCCCUGCAACUCUGUCAUCAUCCAAGUGAAGGCAGCAGAGAUAGUUGGAAGCGACGUGUACAAAACAAACUGCACCCUGCGGUUCCCCAGGAUCGAGAAGAUUCGUGACGACAAGGAGUGGCACCAGUGCAUGACUUUGGCAGAGCUGGAUCAGUUCCGCAGCAAGGCGUCGGGGAAACUCGCCUCGAGGCACCUUUACAUCACCGACGAGGAACCACAGAAGAAGAAGCGCAAGCUGGUUGCCAGACCCAAGAAGGUGGUUGGGAUCAUCGACCACUUUAAGCCGCAGGACCUCUCUGGGGUUACCAAGGAGACGGACAUGUUUGAAGAUGUGGAGUUCUGCAUCCUGAACGGUACUGACGAUCAUCCCAAAGCUGAGCUGGAGAAGGGGGUGGCCAGGUGUGGAGGAAUCGUGGUUCAAAACCCAGGACGAGACACCUACUGUGUGAUUGCUGGUGUGGAGAACAUGCGUGUUAAGAACCUGAUUUUAGCCAACCAACAUGACAUGGUCUGGGCCUCGUGGCUGCUGGAGUGUCUGGACCAGAAGGAAGUGGUGCCAUGGCAACCACGACACAUGAUCCACAUGUCACCCUCCACCAAGGAGCACUUUGGAAAGGAGUACGACGCCUAUGGUGACAGCUACUUCGUGGACACAGACGUGCAGCAGCUGCGAGAGUUGUUUGGCCGCAUUCGUGGCGGUGACAACGCGCCGGCGGCCGUGGACAUAGGACAGGUGGAGCAGCGUUACGGCUGGGAUAACCUACCCACCAGCAUGUUCAGACCCUUCAGGGCCUACAUGGACAGCUGCGCUGAUGUAGGAGACCCCGACACCGCCAUACCUGCCACUUGUUUGGACAUCAGGGCGCUGGAGUUUCGCUACCACGGGGGCACAGUUGUGCCGAAGCUGGAGGAAGGAGUGUCUCAUGUCAUCGUCACAGAGGAAACGAGACUUGUGGAUCUGAGGACUCUGAGACGACGUUUUAGGAGAAAGUUUAAGAUUGUAAGAGAUUCGUGGGUGACUGACUCAAUCAAAGCAGGGCAUCUCAUUAAUGAUGACAGUUACCUGGUUUGACAAAUAUUAUGUUGACAAAAGACAUUGUAGGAAAAGCCUCCUUCAAUGUCGCAUUUUAAGUGAUUACAAAUUAAAUUAAAGUUUUUAAUAAAUGCUAAUCAAUAAAUAAAUUGAUAAAGAGGUUUGAUUUCAAAGUACAUGUUAUUUUACAGGGCUUUCAUGCAAAAUCAGUCACUUUUAGCUUUUUGUGAUUUCAAUAUGUGAUUAUGGUUUUCUGGUAUUUGCUUUUAACAAAUGUGUCAAAACUUAGGAAAUUAAAGUUGUAAGUGGAUGUAAAAGUA